CAAAUUGAACGAUCGGCAAAAGAAAAACAUUUCUAUCUUAUAUGCUCUGUUUUUAAGAGUAAAAGGCACAAAACAAAACAUUUCAACUGGAGCUAACUCCGAGAAGAAAACCGAUUCAACGGUGCGUAACGAGAAGAGGUUAUCGGGGCAAAGCAUCAUGGAUCAGGACUAUGAGUGCAGGCUGCUCAGGCAGAUAAACAUCCAAAAUGAAAAUGCAAGCCCCAUAAAAGCUGUAGGAGCAGUGCGAGCUCUGACACCCACCAGCUCCCCCCUGUCCUCCCCUAGCAAGCACGGUGAUCGCUUCAUUCCCUCCCGGGCCGGAGCCAACUGGAGCGUCAACUUCCACCGCAUCAAUGAAAUUGAAAAGUCGCACAAUCAAAAUAGGAAAACCAAAGAUGGCACGACAGACAGCAACAAAGCGGAUGGCCUGGCUUACUCGGCUCUGCUGAAGAACGAGCUGCUAGGAGCAGGUAUCGAGAAAGUCCAGGACCCCCAGUCAGAAGACCGCCGUCUACAGCCAUCCACUCCUGCCAAGAGGAGCCUUUUUAGUUACUCUGUUAGUACUAAGAGGGCUCUGCCAGAAGAGGAUGGAAACACAGUAUCUCCUUAUUCUCUAUCACCUGUUAGUAGUAACAGCCAGAAACUGCUACGGUCGCCAAGAAAACCUACACGCAAAAUAUCCAAAAUUCCAUUCAAAGUUCUGGAUGCUCCAGAGCUACAGGAUGACUUCUACCUCAACCUAGUGGACUGGUCGUCCCUGAAUGUGCUCAGUGUUGGACUGGGGACCUGCGUCUACCUGUGGAGUGCCUGCACCAGCCAGGUGACACGUCUCUGUGACCUUUCUGUAGAAGGAGAUUCAGUAACAUCAGUGGGUUGGUCAGAGAGGGGAAACCUUGUGGCAGUGGGGACUCAUAAAGGCUACGUACAGAUCUGGGAUGCAGCAGCGGGGAAGAAGCUGUCCGUACUAGAAGGACACACAGCCAGAGUGGGUGCAUUGGCAUGGAAUGCGGACCAGCUGUCGUCUGGGAGCCGUGAUCGGGUGAUCCUGCAGAGGGACAUUAGAGCCCCGCCUCUCCAGUCUGAGCGCCGUCUCCAAGGACACAGACAGGAAGUUUGCGGGCUCAAGUGGAGCACAGACCACCAGCUGCUAGCCUCCGGUGGAAAUGAUAACAAGCUGCUCGUGUGGAACCACUCGAGCGUCCUCCCGGUGCAGCAGUACACAGAGCACUUGGCUGCAGUGAAGGCCAUCGCCUGGUCUCCCCACCAACACGGCCUGCUGGCCUCUGGAGGCGGCACCGCAGACCGCUGCAUCCGCUUCUGGAACACUCUGACAGGACAGCCGCUGCAAUGCACCGACACUGGCUCUCAAGUCUGCAACCUGGCCUGGUCCAAGCACACUAACGAGCUGGUCAGCACCCAUGGUUAUUCCCAGAAUCAGAUCCUGGUGUGGAAGUAUCCCUCUCUAACGCAAGUGGCCAAACUUACAGGACACUCCUACAGAGUACUCUACCUGGCAAUGUCACCUGAUGGAGAGGCCAUUGUGACGGGGGCUGGAGAUGAAACACUUCGGUUCUGGAACGUCUUUAGCAAGAUGAGAUCCACUAAGGAGUCAGUGUCAGUACUGAACCUCUUCACGAGGAUCCGGUAGUAAGCGCACCCCUGUACUAUGAGGGAAUAAAGCCGGGAGGGGAAUUUAUCUUUGCAUGUAUCAAGCUGUAAAUGGGCCCCGUCUUUGAGCAUUCACCUCAGUAGUCUACAGAGGGCACCCCUCGAUUGCCCUUAGUUUAUUUAGCCAAGUUGUAGCUGGAGGUGGAGAGGAGCGGGAGAGAUGCACGGCCUGAGUGUCGAGGGCAGGGGACUUACAGUACAUACAGUAUUCCACCUUCUCCUGAAUAAUGAUGGAGCCACUGCCUCCUCCAACAGACCAGAGAUCUCUGAAGAGGAGGAGAAUUUGGGGCGUCAUUUCCCCAUGUGAUUAUGUUUUGUUUACAGACUGAUGUUGUGCAUACCUGCCAAAUAUUGAGUUUGUCAUUUUGAUUGUCUAUUUAUUUUUGUUUGUUUUUUUUUUUUGUUUUUUUUACAUAAUUUUUAACACAUACUCUUAUUAGUGUGUUUGUUUUGAAGGCUGGUAGAUUUCCUUUUAUGUGUGUAACUGCAGUUUUUGGGCUGAUCUGUGGAGUAUGUUUGGCUUUGUUCAGGUUUGCAGAAAAAUCCAAGCUUGUCUUUUUGUAUUUUAGGGAGGGGUAUAUCAUGUUUCAUGUACACUGAUAACAGAUUUCAUAAUUCUGUGCCAGUCUAACAACUGUUGAUGAUUAACAAAAGUUGGGCAAAUGGGCCUGAUCUCUCUUUUCCUUUAUAUUUUACAAGUUCAUUUUACUCUAAUGAUAUUAAGCAGUAUUGGCAAAUAUUGUUUCAUCAUUUCUCAAGAAAAGUCGACACAUCGUAGAAGAAAAUAACUAUUUGGUAACACUGCACAUUAGAUCAGUUGCUUACAGAAAAUUAGAAGAAUUUAAUGUGAUUUGUGUGGAAGCUUUUCACUCAUCUUGUUUCCUUACUUUCUUAAAUGGAAACUCAGGCGAGGAAAAAUGAAAACAAAAACACUUUGGUUUAUCUUUGCGGUUUGUAACAGUAAAAACAUUUGGGAAUAAACCAGACAGUGUAAUGCUGGUCUGUGCAGAGCUUCUGCUUUGUGCUGUGUAUGCUAAGAUAUUCAAGCUUGGGGCACUUGUCUUUUGCUACUUCAGACCAUUUCUGUGUUGAGCAGUCAUGCUAUUGUAUUUUUUUAUCUAAAAAAAAAAAAAAAAAAAAAAAAAAA